ACAAGGGAUCCAAUUCAAAUCUUCUAUCCUCCAAUCAAUACCUUUAAGUUUAGUGACAAACUAACAAUUCUAGGAGUUUAGUUCACGAAAAAUAUUUGAAGGGAAAUGAGAGUGAAAUUCCAUUAUUUGAUCAGCGAGAGAGAAGUUAUGAGAAUAUUAAUUAUGGAGUACAUUGUUUGGUUGGAUUUGUGAUUGUACUGAAUAAUGAGUAUAAAGACAUAUAUGUCCCUAUACAACAACAACACUAAUAAUUUUUUUUCAGAAAAAAGUAAUAAUAAUUUAUGAAUUAAAAUAUUAGAGAAUAGAGAUUAGCUUCAGUGUUUCUUCAAAAAAAAAAAGAAGAAGAAGAUUAGUUUCAGUGCUUCACUGCUUCUAGCCGCCCUUCCGCCGUCUGCGACUGCUUCCCUGCUCCUCCGUCGGCGCCUGCUGCCCAGCUCCGUCAUCCGGAGAUUCUCGACGAAGUACAAUGAAUUAUUCAAAAUCUACAAAGCAUUGGAGUGCAGUCGCAGUGUUUGCAAAGCGAUUUUACUGUGGUAAGCACUAUGUUGAAAUUCCGGUGGAUGCCCUCAUCGUCAAAACUGGGUUUGAUCCACAAAUAUCUAGGUUCAACUACCAGCUGAAGAAUUUAGUUAGAAGCAAUCAGAUGGCUCAGGCCCAAGAACUUUAUGAACACAUGCCUUCUAGAAAUACUUGCACAGUGAAUAUGAUGAUUUCAGGUUAUGUGAAUUCUGGUAAUCUUUCUCGUGCUAGUGAGAUGUUUGAUAGUAUGGAUGAACGUACAGAAGUGUCAUGGACAAUAAUGAUUGGUGCAUACUCGCAUAAUAAGCAGCCCAAGGAAGCUUUCACUCUCUAUGCUGAGAUGUGUAGAGCGGGGAUGAAGCCAGAUUAUAUCACCUUUGCAACACUAUUAUCUGGUUGUGAUGACACAUCAACUGCUAAAGAAGCACUUCAGAUUCAUGCCCAUAUCAUUAAGUUGGGGUUCAAUUCAAUCUCCAUGGUUGGCAAUAGCUUGAUGGAUUCUUACUGCAAAUGCCAACGCCUUGAUCUAGCCCUUCAACUCUUCAAUGAAAUCACAACAAAAGAUUCAGUGAGCUUCAAUGCAAUGAUAACAGGAUACUCAAAACAUGGUUCAAAUGAAGAAGCACUAAAGCUAUUUCAAGAAAUGCAACAUUUGGGUCUGAAGCCUUCAGAUUUCACUUUUGCAGCAGUGCUAGGUGCUAUUGUUGGAUUAGAUGAUGCUACAUUUGGGAAACAACUUCAUGGACUUGCCAUCAAGACCAGCUAUGUUCGGAAUGUAUUUGUAGGCAAUGCUUUACUUGAUUUUUACUCUAAACAUGACAAUUUAGAUGAUGCAAAUAAACUCUUUGGUGAAAUGCCUGAGUUGGAUGGUGUUUCAUACAAUAUUAUAAUUACAGGAUUUGCAUGGGGUGGUCAGUAUGAAAAAUCGUUCACUCUCUUCCGUAAAUUAAAUAGCACUACAUUUGACAGAAGACAGUUUCCUUUUGCAACUAUGCUGAGCAUUGCUGCAACUACUCAGAAUUUAGAAAUGGGAAGGCAAAUCCAUGCACAAGGAAUAGUGACAAAAGCAGAUUCAGAGGUACAAGUGGGGAAUGCUCUAGUUGACAUGUACGCGAAAUGUGACAGAUUAGAGGAAACAAAUGCCAUUUUUGCAAAUCUGGCUCACAGUUCUGUUUCAUGGACAGCCAUAAUCUCAGUAUAUGUCCAAAAGGGUCUUUUUGAGGAAGCCCUCAAAGUGUUCAAGGAGAUGUCUAGAGAAAAUGUUCAUGGUGACCAGGCCACUUUUGCAAGUCUACUAAAAGCUUCAGCAAACUUGGCUUCAGUUGCACUAGGGAGGCAGUUACACUCAUAUGUCGUCAGAUUAGGAUUGAUGUCAAAUGUUUUCUCAGGUAGUGCACUUCUGGACAUGUAUGCAAAAUGCGGGUCUAUAAAAGAUGCAAAAAAGAUUUUCAAAGAGAUGCCUGAUAGAAAUAUAGUCUCCUGGAAUGCAAUGUUCUCAGCACAUGCUCAAAAUGGUGAUGGCGAAGCUACCCUGAGGUCCUUUGAGGAGAUGAUUGAAUCAGGUCUUCAUCCUGAUUCCGUUAGUUUUCUCUGUGUCUUAACUGCCUGCAGUCACCAUGGGCUUGUUGAAGCUGCACAAGAGUAUUUCAGUUCCAUGACUCAAGUAUAUAAUUUGGACCCAAAGAGAGAACACUAUACCACCAUGGUUGAUGUUCUGUGCAGAAAGGGAAGAUUUGAUGAGGCAGAAAAAUUAAUUACCGAAAUGCCGUAUGAGCCAGAUGAGAUCCUGUGGUCAUCAGUUUUGAACUCAUGCAGAAUUCAUAAGAAUCAGGAGCUUGCUCAAAAAGCCGCCGAGCAACUAUUCAAGAUGGACAUAUUAAGAGAUGCUGCUGCUUAUGUCAAUAUGUCUAACAUCUAUGCAGAGGCUGGCCAAUGGCACAAUGUAGCAUCAGUGAAAAAGGCUAUGAGGGAAAGGGGAAUUAAGAAAGUAGCAGCAUAUAGCUGGGUUGAAAUUGGCCAUAUAGUUCAUAAAUUUACUGCAAAUGAUAGGGCCCACCCACAGAUUGAGGUGAUUAGAAGGAAAAUUGAUUCAUUGGGGAAGCAGAUGGAAAAGGAAGGGUACAAGCCAGACACUAGUUGUGCCAUUCACGAUGUAGAUGAAGAUAUUAAAGUAGAAUCACUUAAAUAUCACAGUGAAAGAUUAGCUAUUGCUUUUGCUUUGAUUAGUACUCCAGAAGGGUCACCUAUUGUAGUGAUGAAAAACUUGCGAGCUUGUAUAGACUGUCAUGCAGCCAUCAAAAUAAUUUCGAGAAUCGUUGGGAGGGAGAUUAUUGUUCGAGAUUCAAGUAGAUUCCAUCAUUUUAGAGAUGGAUCGUGUUCAUGUGGAGACUACUGGUGACUUAAUAAUUGGUAAAUGAGUGAAUCCUUCAUUUGCUUGGAGCUGUUAGAUUAUGCGGCAGUGCUCAUAUGAAUUUCAACUCUACAGCCAUGUUAUGCUAUCCAUGAGGCUGUGAUACCUUUGCAACUCUAAAACGUCUAUUACAUUUGUACAAUCUGUGCCUGCCCCUUGGAAGAAAUGAUUGGCGAUACUGAAAUGAUAGUUUGGUACUCUGCUGUAAGUAUCUUCCCUUAUAAAUGUGCCUUGUUUAGGAUGUUGUUUGAAUAUAUGAUUAAGUUUGUGGAAACUAGUUGCUGGUCUUUUGCAGAAUAUGGUGAAUGGAGCAACAGUGAACAAACAUUCUGCUUUUACCCUUUUAGUUCGGCAGUAUAACUGCUUACUUGUUAUUUAUUCUUUCUAGCCUGAUAAUCUUUGCUAAAUGUCAGACGUGCUCAAUGCAUAGGUGUCUCCACUGGUUUGCUUUUCCUCAUUGAUGAUUUCUUAUAGGUGUCUCCACUGGUUUGCUUUUCCACAUUGAUGAUUUCUUUUAACAUCUAGGUUUAUGCAACUUGAUUGAACACAAUGAGGUUUGUGGUAAUAUUCUUUUGUUCAUCCCAGUUAUGUCAGCAUACUACGCCCAUUCAGCAGCACACCAAACUUGUGUUUGCUUGCAGCCAGAGGCACCAAUGUUGGAGAAAGCGCUAGUCGGGUGCUCGGGGGUGCUUAGGCGGCCGAGAAUUUUUUUUUAAAAAAAAAAAGAAGAAAAGAGAGGCAGUUUUCUAGCAUUUUGUGGCUGGCGACAACAAUGUGCUGCAGAGCAGGCAACGACAAGCAGACCGCAAUCGAAAAGGCUUAAAGGAGUGGAUGAUGGCUGGAGGAGGAGCAGGCGACGAUGGCUGGAGAAGGAGCAGGCAAUGAUGGACGAUUGGCUCUGUUGAGUGUGGACGGCGAUGCUGAGCUUUGGACGACGCUGUUUGUUUUUGUUUGUUUGUUUUGUUUUGUUUUGUUUUGUUUGUUUGUUUGUUUGUUUUUUUUGUUUUUUUGUUUUUUUUUUUUUGUUUUUUUGUUUUUUUGUUUUUUUGUUUUUUUUUUUUUAACUUUUAGCUGAUGCCUGAUGGGCACUAGGAAUUUGGGAGAAUUAGGAAAUUUGGGCACCAACUCGGGUGAUUCAACCAAGUUCAGUGUCAACUCAGUCACGUUGGACACCGAGUUAGGUGUUGACUCGGCCUACCGACUAAAAGGCCCCUAGGCAGUUGCCUAGAUUGAAUUUUGCAACAUGUGAACAAAUCUGUUUGGUUUAGACUUAGACUUAUUUUAGACUGAGAAAUAUAAAAUAUGCAUUAUGGAUU